ACCCGAGACACGGCCACACGACGUAACACGUUGGUCAUUCCUUCCACGGUUACACCGCCUCCUCGCCUCACCUCGUUUGCUGCGGAGAACAAAACUCGGAGGCUCGAAGCUGGGUUUUCGUGUAAUUCCUGCGAAGACGUUAUGAAAAUCUAUCAUGUUCCUUGCCUUGAAGAUAAUUACUCGUACCUGAUUGUUGACGAAAGUACCAAAGAAGGUGCAGUAGUGGACCCUGUAGAACCGGAGAAGGUUCUCGAAGUUGCUAAUUCGCAUGGAGUCGAUAUCAAGCUCGUCCUCACAACGCACCAUCACUGGGAUCAUGCUGGUGGAAAUGAUAUGAUAAAGCAGCUGGUUCCUGGAAUCAAGGUUUAUGGUGGUUCAGUGGAUAACGUGAAGGGAUGCACUGAUAAAGUUGACAAUGGUGAUAAGGUCUUCCUUGGGGCUGAUAUUAGUAUAUUGUCCCUACACACUCCUUGCCAUACCAAAGGCCACAUAAGUUAUUAUGUUACUGGCAGAGGGGAUGAGCACCCGGCUGUUUUUACUGGAGAUGCGCUGUUCAUUGCUGGUUGUGGGAAAUUUUUUGAAGGAACUGCGGAGCAGAUGCACCAGUCACUCUGUGUAACAUUGGGUUCAUUGCCAAAGCCAACCCGAGUUUACUGUGGCCAUGAGUACACAGUAAAAAACUUGCAAUUUGCUUUGACGGUUGAGCCAAACAAUUUGAGGACGGAACGUAAAUUAACAUGGGCACAGAAUCAACGGCAAGCUGGGCAACCGACUAUUCCUUCAACCAUUGAGGAGGAGAUGGAAACCAAUCCAUUCAUGAGGGUUGAUCUGCCUGAGCUUCAGGAGAAGGUGGGGUGCAAGUCUCCUGUUGAAGCUUUGAGAGAGAUACGGAAGCGGAAAGACAGCUGGAAGGGCAAAUGAAUCAUAGAGCUGCAUGUUUAUGCAUCUUUUCCCUCCUCUCUUCCGUCUUUGUAUUAUGAACAAGCCAUGAAAUGUAGAUCAUGCUGCUAUUUUGCGUUGCCUGAACCAGCCGUCUCACCUGCUUUAUAUCGCAUUGUUGGUGUAGAUCCUAAUUAGCUCUUUGGUCCAUGUGCAUUAUGUUGGUUUGUCCAAACAAGUAAGAUGUUCUGUUUCACUCGUGUAAUUUGCUUCUGAACUUGCAAUCAAUACUUCUCUCCUCUAUAGCAUCGGCGUUGCGAUAUUUAGUUGUAACCCAUGAUCCUAGUGGUAUUGGGAAAGUGAAAGAAAAUAAUAGCAUGCUUCUUUAUUGCUA